ACUGCAUGUUUCCCAUAGUUGCACUUAGAGGUUGACCGCCUUUAUGCUCUGCGGGCUUCUAUGAUGAAUACAGAUUGGAUACUUAGAGCAGAAGAGAGAUGAAAACAGAGUUAUGGUCUCCAUUCUGGCAUCUUAAACAUGAUAAAUCUUCUCCUGGUGUGCCAUCCAGCAACACUCGUUGAUUUACAGCCAGCACUAUGUGGACUCUUCUCUGUUACAGUUAGAGAUACCUUGAAGAAAACAGGGCAUUGAAGGAAUGGCAAUAUCUAAGAAUGGCUUGACCAUCUUUGCCCUUCUAGUGACACUGAUUACUUUGGGAACAGAGAACAUCAUUGAAUUUUCAAGUCCGGCUUUACCGGUACACUAUGAUGAAGAACACUUUCUACCUCACACCAGGCAGAAAAGGAAUGUGCUUACAGACGAAUGGAAUUACAUCCUUGAUGUUGUAGUGAAUGCCUCUAGUGCACAAACAUUCGAGCAGAUUCGGUUUGCUUUGAAUGCAACUAGUCUUCCCAUACAACUUGAUAACAAUACAGAGAUCACUGAUGUUGUCGUCACAACAGUGUGUUCACCAACUGGCUCUGGCUUCCAGUGUAGAUGUGAGGAACAAUUUGCUUGGCCAUACAGCAGCUGUGUCUUGUACACAGCCUGUGAUUCCAUAUCCAGUGGCAUCUGUAAAUGCAUCAAUGCCAUUCCAACUAACGGCCAGUCCUGCCAGCCAAUAUCAGAGCUGCUAUCUGAGGUUGAGUAUGCAGUGGAUGUGGAACUGAAUGUUACAGAUGUGGAGACAAUUAACUAUCUUAGGAGCAUCUUGAGCAACGGCAGCUAUUCCCUGGCCUUGGGUCCCAUUGUGAAUGUAACAGACAUUGACAUCACCACAGUGUGUUACCCAAAUGACACCAACUUCCAGUGCAGAUGUGAGGAUCAGCACGUUUGGUCAUAUAGAAACUGUAUUACAUACGGAGCCUGUGAUAAGAUCACUGAUAACACGUGUAGGUGUAUCAAUGGUAUUCCAUCCGAUGGGCAGUACUGCCAGCCAAAAGAAGAAGCUGUCCAGCUGUAUGAAUACGUAAUUGAAGUGGAAAUCAGAAUCAGUGACAUCGCACUGAUAGAGCAACUAAGGGACAAUUUGGAGAACAUCAGUUUCCCUGUUAAAGUUAGCAACACGAUCAACAUCACACAAAUUGAUAUAAUAUUUACAGUACCUCCAGUUGUCUAUGAAUACGACAUUUUCAUUGAGGUGAACACUACAGACCCAGAUCAACUGAGAAACACCCUGGAUAUUCACCCUUUCCCCAUCCAAGUCAGCUCCCAAAUAAACAUCUCAGCUGCUGAUAUCACUACAGUUUGCAGCAAAGAUGGCAGUGAGUUCCAGUGCCGCUGUGAGGAAGACUACCUUUGGCCUUGUGACAAGUGUGCCACCCAUGGAAAAUGUGACGGUGAUACAAACAACUCCUGUGCGUGCAUUAAAGCUAUUCCCACAGAUGGACAGUAUUGUCAGUCAAUACACCAACAAAACUUUUCAGUGUGCCCCCUGACAACAACCUCACCAUCAACAGCUCCUCCAGUUCUUUAUGAAGACAUCAUUUCUGUUGAGUUGAACAUCUCAGAUCUUGCAGUAAUAAAUCAACUGAGGAGCAUCCUGAGCAACAUCAGUUACCCCAUCAGCAUCAGCAACCAAGUACAAAUCUCGGAUGUCAACAUUUCUACAGUUUGUUCUCCGAGCAGUGGUAGUUUCCAGUGCAGAUGUGAGGAUCAGUACCGUUGGCCAUGUGACCAGUGUUUCCUGUAUGGACCCUGUGACAACAUCACUGGUGACACAUGUGGAUGCAUCAAUGCCAUUCCUCCUGAUGGACAGUACUGCCAGUCUGCUCAUCAGUACAACUUUACAGCUUGUCCUCUUACAACAACUCCUUCACCAACAACUCCUCCAAUUCUUUAUGAAUACCUGAUUUCUAUUGAGUUGAACAUCUCAGAUGUUGCAGUAAUAGAUCAACUGAGGAGCAUUCUGAGCAACAUCAGUUACCCCAUCAGCAUCAGCAACCAACUACAAAUCUCUGAUAUCAACAUUUCUACAGUUUGUUCUCCGAGCAGUGGUGGUUUCCAGUGCAGAUGUGAGGAUCAGUAUCGUUGGCCAUGUGACCAGUGUUCCCUGUACGGACCCUGUGACAACAUCAGUGGUGACACAUGUGGAUGCAUCAAUGCCAUUCCUCCUGAUGGACAAUACUGCCAGUCUGCUCAUCAGUACAACUUCACAGCUUGUCCCCAAACAACACCCUCUCCACCAUCAACAACUCCUCUAGUUCUUUAUGAAGACAUAAUUUCUGUUGAGUUGAACAUCUCAGAUGUUGCAGUAAUAAAUCAACUGAGGAGCAUUCUGAGCAACAUCAGUUACCCCAUCAGCAUCAGCAACCAAGUACAAAUAUCUGAAGUCAACGUUUCUACAGUUUGUUCUCCGAGCAGUGGUAGUUUCCAGUGCAGAUGUGAGGAUCAGUACCGUUGGCCAUGUGGCCAGUGUUUCCUGUACGGACCCUGUGACAACAUCACUGGUGACACAUGUGGAUGCAUCAAUGCCAUUCCUCCUGAUGGACAGUACUGCCAGUCUGCUCAUCAGUACAACUUUACAGCUUGUCCUCUUACAACAACUCCUUCACCAACAACUCCUCUAGUGUUUUAUGAGUACCUGAUUUCUAUUGAGUUGAACAUCUCAGAUGUUGCAGUAAUAAAUCAACUGAGGAGCAUUCUGAGCAACAUCAGUUACCCCAUCAGCAUAAGCAACCAACUACAAAUCUCUGAUAUCAACAUUUCUACAGUUUGUUCUCUGAGCAGUGGUAGUUUCCAGUGCAGAUGUGAGGAUCAGUAUCGUUGGCCAUGUGACCAGUGUUCCCUGUACGGACCCUGUGACAACAUCAGUGGUGACACAUGUGGAUGCAUCAAUGCCAUUCCUCCUGAUGGACAAUACUGCCAGUCUGCUCAUCAGUACAACUUCACAGCAUGUCCCCAAACAACACCCUCUCCACCAUCAACAACUCCUCCAGUUCUUUACGAAGACAUAAUUUCUGUUGAGUUGAACAUCUCAGAUGUUGCAGUAAUAAAUCAACUGAGGAGCAUUCUGAGCAACAUCAGUUACCCCAUCAGUAUCAGCAACCAAGUACAAAUCUCUGAAGUCAACGUUUCUACAGUUUGUUCUCCGAGCAGUGGUAGUUUCCAGUGCAGAUGUGAGGAUCAAUAUCGUUGGCCAUGUGACCAGUGUUUCCUGUACGGACCCUGUGACAACAUCACUGGUGACACAUGUGGAUGCAUCAAUGCCAUUCCUCCUGAUGGACAGUACUGCCAGUCUGCUCAUCAGUACAACUUUACAGCUUGUCCUCUUACAACAACUCCUUCACCAACAACUCCUCCAGUUCUUUAUGAAUACCUGAUUUCUAUUGAGUUGAACAUCUCAGAUGUUGCAGUAAUAAAUCAACUGAGGAGCAUCCUGAGCAACAUCAGUUACCCCAUCGGCAUCAGCAACCAAGUACAAAUCUCGGAUGUCAACAUUUCCACAGUUUGUUCUCCGAGCAGUGGUAGUUUCCAGUGCAGAUGUGAGGAUCAGUAUCGUUGGCCAUGUGACCAGUGUUUCCUGUACGGACCCUGUGACAACAUCACUGGUGACACAUGUGGAUGCAUCAAUGCCAUUCCUCCUGAUGGACAGUACUGCCAGUCUGCUCAUCAGUACAACUUUACAGCUUGUCCUCUUACAACAACUCCUUCACCAACAACUCCUCCAGUUCUUUAUGAAUACCUGAUUUCUAUUGAGUUGAACAGCUCAGAUGUUGCAGUAAUAAAUCAACUGAGGAGCAUCCUGAGCAACAUCAGUUACCCCAUCGGCAUCAGCAACCAAGUACAAAUCUCGGAUGUCAACAUUUCCACAGUUUGUUCUCCGAGCAGUGGUAGUUUCCAGUGCAGAUGUGAGGAUCAGUAUCGUUGGCCAUGUGACCAGUGUUUCCUGUAUGGACCCUGUGACAACAUCACUGGUGACACAUGUGGAUGCAUCAAUGCCAUUCCUCCUGAUGGACAGUACUGCCAGUCUGCUCAUCAGUACAACUUUACAGCUUGUCCUCUUACAACAACUCCUUCACCAACAACUCCUCCAGUUCUUUAUGAAUACCUGAUUUCUAUUGAGUUGAACAUCUCAGAUGUUGCAGUAAUACAUCAACUGAGGAGCAUCCUGAGCAACAUCAGUUACCCCAUCGGCAUCAGCAACCAAGUACAAAUCUCGGAUGUCAACAUUUCCACAGUUUGUUCUCCGAGCAGUGGUAGUUUCCAGUGCAGAUGUGAGGAUCAGUAUCGUUGGCCAUGUGACCAGUGUUUCCUGUACGGACCCUGUGACAACAUCACUGGUGACACAUGUGGAUGCAUCAAUGCCAUUCCUCCUGAUGGACAGUACUGCCAGUCUGCUCAUCAGUACAACUUUACAGCUUGUCCUCUUACAACAACUCCUUCACCAACAACUCCUCCAGUUCUUUAUGAAUACCUGAUUUCUAUUGAGUUGAACAUCUCAGAUGUUGCAGUAAUACAUCAACUGAGGAGCAUCCUGAGCAACAUCAGUUACCCCAUCGGCAUCAGCAACCAAGUACAAAUCUCGGAUGUCAACAUUUCCACAGUUUGUUCUCCGAGCAGUGGUAGUUUCCAGUGCAGAUGUGAGGAUCAGUAUCGUUGGCCAUGUGACCAGUGUUUCCUGUACGGACCCUGUGACAACAUCACUGGUGACACAUGUGGAUGCAUCAAUGCCAUUCCUCCUGAUGGACAGUACUGCCAGUCUGCUCAUCAGUACAACUUUACAGCUUGUCCUCUUACAACAACUCCUUCACCAACAACUCCUCCAGUUCUUUAUGAAUACCUGAUUUCUAUUGAGUUGAACAUCUCAGAUGUUGCAGUAAUAAAUCAACUGAGGAGCAUUCUGAGCAACAUCAGUUACCCCAUCGGCAUCAGCAACCAAGUACAAAUCUCGGAUGUCAACAUUUCCACAGUUUGUUCUCCGAGCAGUGGUAGUUUCCAGUGCAGAUGUGAGGAUCAGUAUCGUUGGCCAUGUGACCAGUGUUUCCUGUACGGACCCUGUGACAACAUCACUGGUGACACAUGUGGAUGCAUCAAUGCCAUUCCUCCUGAUGGACAGUACUGCCAGUCUGCUCAUCAGUACAACUUUACAGCUUGUCCUCUUACAACAACUCCUUCACCAACAACUCCUCCAGUUCUUUAUGAAUACCUGAUUUCUAUUGAGUUGAACAUCUCAGAUGUUGCAGUAAUAAAUCAACUGAGGAGCAUUCUGAGCAACAUCAGUUACCCCAUCGGCAUCAGCAACCAAGUACAAAUCUCGGAUGUCAACAUUUCCACAGUUUGUUCUCCGAGCAGUGGUAGUUUCCAGUGCAGAUGUGAGGAUCAGUAUCGUUGGCCAUGUGACCAGUGUUUCCUGUACGGACCCUGUGACAACAUCACUGGUGACACAUGUGGAUGCAUCAAUGCCAUUCCUCCUGAUGGACAGUACUGCCAGUCUGCUCAUCAGUACAACUUUACAGCUUGUCCUCUUACAACAACUCCUUCACCAACAACUCCUCCAGUUCUUUAUGAAUACCUGAUUUCUAUUGAGUUGAACAGCUCAGAUGUUGCAGUAAUAAAUCAACUGAGGAGCAUCCUGAGCAACAUCAGUUACCCCAUCAGCAUCAGCAACCAAGUACAAAUCUCGGAUGUCAACAUUUCUACAGUUUGUUCUCCGAGCAGUGGUAGUUUCCAGUGCAGAUGUGAGGAUCAGUAUCGUUGGCCAUGUGACCAGUGUUUCCUGUACGGACCCUGUGACAACAUCACUGGUGACACAUGUGGAUGCAUCAAUGCCAUUCCUCCUGAUGGACAGUACUGCAAGUCUGCUCAUCAGUACAACUUUACAGCUUGUCCUCUUACAACAACUCCUUCACCAACAACUCCUCCAGUUCUUUAUGAAUACCUGAUUUCUAUUGAGUUGAACAUCUCAGAUGUUGCAGUAAUAAAUCAACUGAGGAGAAUUCUGAGCAACAUCAGUUACCCCAUCAGAAUCAGCAACCAAGUACAAAUCUCAGAUGUCAACAUUUCUACAGUUUGUUCUCCGAGCAGUGGUAGUUUCCAGUGCAGAUGUGAGGAUCAGUAUCGUUGGCCAUGUGACCAGUGUUUCCUGUACGGACCCUGUGACAACAUCACUGGUGACACAUGUGGAUGCAUCAAUGCCAUUCCUCCUGAUGGACAGUACUGCAAGUCUGCUCAUCAGUACAACUUUACAGCUUGUCCUCUUACAACAACUCCAUCACCAACAUCUCCUCCAGUUCUUUAUGAAUACCUGAUUUCUAUUGAGUUGAACAUCUCAGAUGUUGCAGUAAUAAAUCAACUGAGGAGAAUUCUGAGCAACAUCAGUUACCCCAUCAGAAUCAGCAACCAAGUACAAAUCUCAGAUGUCAACAUUUCUACAGUUUGUUCUCCGAGCAGUGGUGGUUUCCAGUGCAGGUGUGAGGAUCAGUAUCGUUGGCCAUGUGACCAGUGUUUCCUGUACGGACCCUGUGACAACAUCACUGGUGACACAUGUGGAUGCAUCAAUGCCAUUCCUCCUGUUGGACAGUACUGCCAGUCUGCUCAUCAGUACAACUUUACAGCUUGUCCUCUUACAACAACUCCUUCACCAACAACUCCUCCAGUUCUUUAUGAAUACCUGAUUUCUAUUGAGUUGAACAUCUCAGAUGUUGCAGUAAUAAAUCAACUGAGGAGCAUUCUGAGCAACAUCAGUUACCCCAUCAGAAUCAGCAACCAAGUACAAAUCUCAGAUGUCAACAUUUCUACAGUUUGUUCUCUGAGCAGUGGUGGUUUCCAGUGCAGAUGUGAGGAUCAGUAUCGUUGGCCAUGUGACCAGUGUUUCCUGUACGGACCCUGUGACAACAUCACUGGUGACACAUGUGGAUGCAUCAAUGCCAUUCCUCCUGUUGGACAGUACUGCCAGUCUGCUCAUCAGUACAACUUUACAGCUUGUCCUCUUACAACAACUCCUUCACCAACAACUCCUCCAGUUCUUUAUGAAUACCUGAUUUCUAUUGAGUUGAACAGCUCAGAUGUUGCAGUAAUAAAUCAACUGAGGAGCAUCCUGAGCAACAUCAGUUACCCCAUCAGCAUCAGCAACCAAGUACAAAUCUCGGAUGUCAACAUUUCUACAGUUUGUUCUCCGAGCAGUGGUAGUUUCCAGUGCAGAUGUGAGGAUCAGUAUCGUUGGCCAUGUGACCAGUGUUUCCUGUACGGACCCUGUGACAACAUCACUGUUGACACAUGUGGAUGCAUCAAUGCCAUUCCUCCUGAUGGACAGUACUGCAAGUCUGCUCAUCAGUACAACUUUACAGCUUGUCCUCUUACAACAACUCCAUCACCAACAUCUCCUCCAGUUCUUUAUGAAUACCUGAUUUCUAUUGAGUUGAACAUCUCAGAUGUUGCAGUAAUAAAUCAACUGAGGAGAAUUCUGAGCAACAUCAGUUACCCCAUCAGAAUCAGCAACCAAGUACAAAUCUCAGAUGUCAACAUUUCUACAGUUUGUUCUCCGAGCAGUGGUGGUUUCCAGUGCAGGUGUGAGGAUCAGUAUCGUUGGCCAUGUGACCAGUGUUUCCUGUACGGACCCUGUGACAACAUCACUGGUGACACAUGUGGAUGCAUCAAUGCCAUUCCUCCUGUUGGACAGUACUGCCAGUCUGCUCAUCAGUACAACUUUACAGCUUGUCCUCUUACAACAACUCCUUCACCAACAACUCCUCCAGUUCUUUAUGAAUACCUGAUUUCUAUUGAGUUGAACAUCUCAGAUGUUGCAGUAAUAAAUCAACUGAGGAGCAUUCUGAGCAACAUCAGUUACCCCAUCAGAAUCAGCAACCAAGUACAAAUCUCAGAUGUCAACAUUUCUACAGUUUGUUCUCUGAGCAGUGGUGGUUUCCAGUGCAGAUGUGAGGAUCAGUAUCGUUGGCCAUGUGACCAGUGUUUCCUGUACGGACCCUGUGACAACAUCACUGGUGACACAUGUGGAUGCAUCAAUGCCAUUCCUCCUGUUGGACAGUACUGCCAGUCUGCUCAUCAGUACAACUUUACAGCUUGUCCUCUUACAACAACUCCUUCACCAACAACUCCUCCAGUUCUUUAUGAAUACCUGAUUUCUAUUGAGUUGAACAUCUCAGAUGUUGCAGUAAUAAAUCAACUGAGGAGCAUUCUGAGCAACAUCAGUUACCCCAUCAGAAUCAGCAACCAAGUACAAAUCUCAGAUGUCAACAUUUCUACAGUUUGUUCUCUGAGCAGUGGUGGUUUCCAGUGCAGAUGUGAGGAUCAGUAUCGUUGGCCAUGUGACCAGUGUUUCCUGUACGGACCCUGUGACAACAUCACUGGUGACACAUGUGGAUGCAUCAAUGCCAUUCCUCCUGUUGGACAGUACUGCCAGUCUGCUCAUCAGUACAACUUUACAGCUUGUCCUCUUACAACAACUCCUUCACCAACAACUCCUCCAGUUCUUUAUGAAUACCUGAUUUUUAUUGAGUUGAACAUCUCAGAUGUUGUAGUAAUAAAUCAACUGAGGAGCAUUCUGAGCAACAUCAGUUACCCCAUCGGCAUCAGCAACCAAGUACAAAUCUCUGAUGUCAACAUUUCUACAGUUUGUUCUCCGAGCAGUGGUAGUUUCCAGUGCAGAUGUGAGGAUCAGUAUCGUUGGCCAUGUGACCAGUGUUUCCUGUACGGACCCUGUGACAACAUCGCUGAUGACACAUGUGGAUGCAUCAAUGCCAUUCCUCCUGAUGGACAGUACUGCCAGUCUGCUCAUGAAUACAACUUCACAGCUUGUCCCCAAACACCAACCUCUCCACCAUCAACAACUCCUCCUCCAACAACAACCUCUCCACCAUCAACAACUCCUCCUCCAACAACAACCUCUCCACCAUCAACAACUCCUCCUCCAACAACAACCUCUCCACCACCAACAACUCCUCUAGUUCUUUAUGAAUACCUGAUUUCUAUUGAGUUGAACAUCUCAGAUGUUGCAGUAAUAAAUCAACUGAGGAGCAUUCUGAGCAACAUCAGUUACCCCAUCAGCAUCAGCAACCAACUACAAAUCUUUGAUGUCAACAUUUCUACAGUUUGUUCUCCGAGCAGUGGUAGUUUCCAGUGCAUAUGUGAGGAUCAGUAUCGUUGGCCAUGUGACCAGUGUUCCCUGUACGGACCCUGUGACAACAUCACUGAUGACACAUGUGGAUGCAUCAAUGCCAUUCCUCCUGAUGGACAGUACUGCCAAUCUGCUCAUCAGUACAACUUCACAGCUUGUCCCCAAACACCAACCUCUCCACCAUCAACAACUCCUCUAGUUCUUUAUGAAUACCUGAUUUCUAUUGAGUUGAACAUCUCAGAUGUUGCAGUAAUAAAUAAACUGAGGAGCAUUCUGAGCAACAUCAGUUACCCCAUCAGCAUCAGCAACCAACUACAAAUCUCUGAUGUCAACAUUUCUACAGUUUGUUCUCCGAGCAGUGGUGAUUUCCAGUGCAGAUGUGAGGAUCUGUAUCGUUGGCCAUGUGACCAGUGUUUCCGUUACGGACCCUGUGACAACAUCACUGGUGACACAUGUGGAUGCAUCAAUGCCAUUCCUCCUGAUGGACAGUACUGCCAAUCUGCUCAUCAGUACAACUUCACAGCUUGUCCCCAAACAACACCCUCUCCACCAUCAACAACUCCUCCUCCAACAACAACCUCUCCACCACCAACAACUCCUCCUCCAACAACAACCUCUCCACCACCAACAACUCCCCUAGUUCUUUAUGAGUACCUGAUUUCUAUUGAGUUGAACAUCUCAGAUGUUGCAGUAAUAAAUCAACUGAGGAGCAUUCUGAGCAACAUCAGUUACCCCAUCAGCAUCAGCAACCAACUACAAAUAUCUGAUGUCAACAUUUCUACAGUUUGUUCUCCGAGCAGUGGUGGUUUCCAGUGCAGAUGUGAGGAUCAGUAUCGUUGGCCAUGUGACCAGUGUUUCCGUUACGGACCCUGUGACAACAUCAAUGGUGACACAUGUGGAUGCAUCAAUGCCAUUCCUCCUGAUGGACAGUACUGCCAGUCUGCUCAUCAGUACAACUUCACAGCUUGUCCCCAAACACCAACCUCUCCACCAUCAACAACUUCUCCUCCAACAACAACCUCUCCACCACCAACAACUCCUCCUCCAACAACAACCUCUCCACCACCAACAACUCCUCCUCCAACAACAACCUCUCCACCACCAACAACUCCUCUAGUUCUUUAUGAAUACCUGAUUUCUAUUGAGUUGAACAUCUCAGAUGUUGCAGUAAUAAAUCAACUGAGGAGCAUUCUGAGCAACAUCAGUUACCCCAUCAGCAUCAGCAACCAACUACAAAUAUCUGAUGUCAACAUUUCUACAGUUUGUUCUCCGAGCAGUGGUGGUUUCCAGUGCAGAUGUGAGGAUCAGUAUCGUUGGCCAUGUGACCAGUGUUUCCGUUACGGACCCUGUGACAACAUCAAUGGUGACACAUGUGAUUGCAUCAAUGCCAUUCCUCCUGAUGGACAGUACUGCCAGUCUGCUCAUCAGUACAACUUUACAGCUUGUCCUCUUACAACUCCUUCACCAACAAAUUCAACACCCAUUGCUACAACACCUGUGAACACUACAACACCCACAAUCCCACCAACAAAUUCAACAACACCACCACCACCACCAACAACAACAACAACACCUCCACCAACCACAACACCAACACCAACACCAACAGCAAAUUCAACACCCAUUGCUACAACACCUGUGAACACUACAACACCCACAAUGCCACCAACAAAUUCAACAACACCACCAUUAACACCACCACCACCAACAACAACAACAACAACAACAACAACACCACCAACACCACCACCAACAACAACAAACAACACCACCACCACCAACAACAACAACAACAACAACAACAACAACAACACUACCACCAACAACACCACCACAACAACAACAACACCACCACCACCAACAAUGGUUACGUCUAUCCCAGCUCCAACCACAGCCCUCACAACAACUACAAAGGCAACUACCACUACCACUAUCACCACCACCACCACAGUUGUUACAGGUUUUGAUGUGCAAAUGUCAGUCACAUUGGACAAGGAGUACACAGACGCAUUAAGUAAUCCAGAAAGUGACACAUACAAGAAUCUCAAAUCAAGCAUUGAAACAGUGUUGGAGGAACAAUAUAAGGGAAUGACAGGGUUUCUCAGUGUUUUUGUGAAAGCGUUCAGACAAGGAAGUGUAAUUACAGACUUUGUUGUUCAGACAACACAAGUUAUAACGGAUGAAUUUGCCAAAGCAAAUCAAGACCUCCCUGAAGCAAUGAAGCCUAUUGCCCCUGUUUUUGGCCCAGUUACAGCAGUUUACAACAGUCCAACUCCAAUCAGCCCUCCUCCUGACAUCCUUUAUACUGGUAACACUAUGAGGCUGACGUGUGACGAGCCUCCUGAGAGCCUUGCUAUGGGAACAAUUUCUGUAUCUAGGUGGAAAUUUAAUGGACGGGAAAUAAAAAAUAACAGAAGGAUUAAAAUUACUAUUUCUGGCAAAAAGUCUUUGCUUACCAUUCAGAAUGUCGUCCUUGCUGAUAUUGGAAACUAUGAAUGUACUCUGGAGGGCCAAGUAAUUACAUUCUCCCAAAAAGGACGUGUACUGGAAGCUAAAAUCAAACAAGCUCCCAAUGUGCAAAUACAGAGUAAAGUGAAUGUUAAAUGCCAAGAGGUCAAGGAACAACCCCUUGAUUGCUGUGUGCAGUCACCCUAUACAGUGAAGUGGUAUCGAGGCCUAACUGUUUUACCAACAGAACAAAUUCCCCAACCAGGAAGCUACUGCAUCAGGCAUAAAUACAAGAUAAGCUGUGACGAAUUACUUACGAUUACUUUUGAGUGUAAGGUAGAUGAACCAACUGGUUAUAUGAUGACGACAGCAAUGACCAUUUUCAGAGACCCUAUUGAAUGUGACGAUAACCAGUAUGGGGCUGGACGACAAGGUGACACUUCAACUAUUGGUUGUGGUAAAGGUCAAGAAGGGAGCAAGACUGCAGUCUGUGAGGAAAGAAAAUGGAAACUUACAGAGGACACGUGCAUCUUAACCCAAAUCAAGGACUUAGUCAUUGUGUCACAGGAUUUGGAAAAGGAGCAAGUGCCUGAAUUUGUGGGGAAUCUGAGUAGAACUGUUCUGGAAGAAAAAACAGAAGUCUCAGAAUCAUCUGCAACUAUAUCAGCUAUUGUUGGGAUCCUAAACACCAUUGCAAAUGUGUCCACUACUGUUGAUAAACCUGUCAUGGAGGAUGUACUUCAAACAGUUGAUGUCAUCAUUGGUGAUGAUGCAAGAGAGUCCUGGGCAACUCUGAAUUCAAAUGGAACCCGCAAUGCGAGCUCAGAAUUACUGGGUUCACUGGAGACUCUCUCUAAUGGGUUAGUCGGGGAGUUUGUCAUCGAAACUGAGCGGAUCCUGCUCAACAGAACCAGGUUUAACAAUUCCUUCAUGGCAAAUCUGAACUCCAGCAUCAUUUUAGACAUUCCAGACACCGACAUUACCAACACCUCUAUCACCACCAUCACCUUCUCCACCCUUAAUAAUGUUAUGCCAGUACGGAAUACCAGCUUUAACAUGAGCCUCUUCAAUGCAAACAGCAGUGAAACAGUCAGUGAUAACACCAUCAAUGCUGCUGUAGUGUUGAUCCGAAUUAAUGCAACAAUACAGAAUGUCACUCUGACCUACAACAAGCGGAACAAGUCCCUGUCACUAAACCCUCAGUGCGUCUUCUGGAACUUUACACUCUUUGAUAAUUUGGGCGCUUGGGACGAUGAGGGAUGUGAAUUUGUUUCGGACGUUAACAAUACGGUAACCUGCAACUGUAACCAUCUCACCUCUUUCUCAAUUCUGAUGGCAACGGACAUCCCUCCAGAAUUGAAAGAUGUCUUGGAUAUAAUAACUUAUGUUGGAGUUGGGAUAUCUCUGGCAAGCUUAGUUAUAUGUCUCAUUAUUGAAGGAUACGUUUGGAAAGCCAUUACCAGAAAUAGCACUGCUUUCAUGCGUCAUGUUUCCAUCAUUAACACUGCCCUAUCUCUAUUGAUCGCUGACAUCUGUUUCAUCAUUGCUGCCUCUGUUGCCAAGAACUCCCUUGAAAAUCCAGGAGAAGACUACAACGUUCCAGUUGGACCAUGCAGCACAGCAACAUUUUUUAUGCACUUUUUCUACCUUGCUCUGUUCUUUUGGAUGCUUGUGUCAGGCCUUCUACUCUUUUACCGGACAGUCAUGGUCUUCUCCCACAUGUCCAAGUCAACCAUGUUGGCCAUUGGCUUCAGUUUAGGCUAUGGGGGCCCUCUGAUUAUAGCUGUAAUUACUGUUGCUGUCACAGCACCGGGAAAAGGAUACAUCAGGAAAGACUAUGCUUGUUGGCUGAACUGGAUGGAAACAAAGGCUCUGCUGGCCAUGGUGAUACCUGCCUUGAUCAUAGUUUUUAUCAACAUUUUAAUUGUAAUUGUGGUCCUGUUCAAAAUGCUAAGAAGAGGUGUGGGAGACGCCGCCCAAACAGAUGAGAAGCAUACACUGUGGGUCAUUGUAAGGUGUGUGGUCAUUUUGACACCUUUAUUUGGACUGACCUGGUCUUUAGGAGUUGGAACCAUGGUAUCGUCAACAAAUAAAGGACUCCACAUUGCCUUUGCAUUCUUCAAUUCACUACAGGGUUUCUUCAUUUUGGUGUUUGGGACACUAUUCGAUUCAAAGAUCCGUGCUCUUCUCUCAAAGAAAUUACCUGGGCCUACAUCAAGCACAGGCUCUAAUCCAACGAGAAGUACAAGUGGUGGUGUUUCCUCUCUCAGUGGACUAAACUUGAUAAGUCGACUGCGUGGAAGAAGAUAUAUCUAUCGUGUGUCAGAAGCGACAAACUCAAGCAGCAAUGGUGCAUCGGAGUCAUUCAUGAAUAUAUGAAUCAACACAAUAAUAUGUACAUAUAAAAUCGAUUUCAUUACUGAUUCAAAAGACCAGACAGUUAUUGUAAGAUCUUUCAGUAAAUAAUCUGAACCUUUGUUUUGUAUGACAACUUUAUUUUUACUGGGAUAAUAUUUUAAACACUGGUGCAACAACUGGGCAGUCAAUUGGUCCGUCUAUAAUGACAAUACUUAGGAAAGCAAGUGUGACAUAUAUAAAUUGAGAUUUGGAAGCGGUGUAGCUAUGCUAAACUCUGGCUCUGCCAUCUUUGUUGUAUUUCACAUAUAAUUUCAAUAGUCUCCAUCAUCCACAGAGAGUUGUAAUAUACUAUUUUAUUGUUAUUUUAAUUGAUUAUUCAACAUCUGGCCAAGUGCUAAUGUGCAAUGUACUGGUAAAAAUUAAAUUAAGAAAUGAAAUUGGAAAACUAUUAAUGCAAUACAACUAUAAUGUUAAUUUGCUCAGAAAUGUGCUAGUUAGGAUGAACUUUGCUGUUAAAUAAUAUGGAUGGUUCAUUGAAAUGUCUGUGAACAGUAGAUAUAUUUUUUCAAAUCAUUUAUUUUUAUAAAGUUAUAAAUAAAAAGCUUUCCAAACUUCAAA